AUGCUCAUAUUUUUUCUAUCUUUUAAUUUUAUUAAUCUUAUUGCUACAAUAACCACCCAGGAUAGUAGUCACAAACCUAAGGAACCCGAAUCACUACUUAAGGCUGCUGCUGUUCGUUGA